CCGAGGCAAAUAUGGUCAGAUGGACUGAGGCAGAUGAGAGCCCCCCUCUUCUAAUCCCCCUCUUACACAGAUUAACCUUUAUGCGUUAUGUGGCUGCUUAGACAGAAGAGGGACAUUAGAAAAACCUGAAAGGAGGAAAAACAGGGACGCUGAUCUGUUGUGGAUAUUUUCGGCCACUAUGGCCUCCACCCCCUCUGCCUCUGCCCUGUCUGCUGUUCUCCGGUGUCGGGGGAAUUUCUGGGCCAGGAAUCCGCCGACCAAGCGGCCUGCCACCUCGGCGUACAGCCUCGGACUGGCCGGGAGCGUCGUGCGCGACUCUCCUGCUGAGCGCAGCCGCGCAAACCAGGCGUCACCGUGGGAGUCUUUCCUACAAGGAGAGCGCGUGGCUGUGGGGAGAAGACUGACUGUAGCGUUUGAGUCUCCUCGGGUUGAUGGUAAAGUGCAGAGAGGGAAAGAUUCCAAGGACAUGAAUAAAUUAUAUCACCCAAAACUUUCGCAAUCCUCCGGGGACGCGCGCUCAGCUGUGCCUGGUCUCCAAAACGCGCUCAUGCGUCAGCUGACACGCACACUGACAUCUAACCUGCCUGGAAUAGAUAAGUGCUCUAAAAUUACGCAGAAGAUAAAAUAUGAAACAAAUGCUGCACAUGUUUGUAAAAUAGUCUUUGUUCGAGGAACCAGGGGAUUCCCUGCUGGAGUUGUUAGAGUGUCCAUCACUUCUCCGUGUUUGUUGGAAAAGAAAGGACAAACACCAGCUCUCGUGUUCACUGGCUGGUCCUCACUGAAGAGCACGUGCCUGUCGUUGACAGCUCUGAUGUCACAGCUUGUGUUAAUGAAGCUGCUUUAUGGGUCGAGCAGUAUCCCUGAUGAUGCUCCUCAGCUUCUCCUGAGCCAAGAGGAGGAAAACAGCGGGACUGAAGUCCUGCAGGCAAAUGUACGAACCCCCUGCCCUACUGAUAUCGCCCCCGCUCAAAACAACCCCAGCUCUGGGCAGAUGAUCAGCGAGGACAGACCUGACUGAGAGUCCAAGGCCUCAGCACCAAAAACACACACACCAUGUUCCAGCCUUAUUUAUUGACUUUUACUAAACAUGAGCCACAUUUGGACUUCAAUCCCCUGCAGUAAAAGAAAAACAGGCUGUUUUUUUGCACUUUAUUGCCUCAGUACAAGAGAAAACAUCAGAAAAACUGUAUGAAUAAAUGUCUGUCACACAUCA